CUGUACUGCAUUCUUAAUUGCACAUCAAAUUUGAUCGGUCGCGACAGCUGUAUCAAAUUUUGGCGCCGCUGCCGGGGACCAACGGUUCAGUUUUGAGUCUUGUGUCUGUGUUGUGUGAUUUGUGUAUGUGUUUGUGAUAGUGUUGUUUUGCUACCUUGUGUUUAUUUUUGUGGUUUGAAUUUUUUGUGCUAUUGUUUCAUGAUUACAGGGUGUCGUGAUUUAGUGCAUGACUAGAGGAAAUCCUGGAUUCAUACCACCCUUUGAUCCUGAGAUUGAUAGGACUUUUCAUAGCUUAAUUAGGCAUUCUCGGAAUUUGUCUUUAGAGUCUGUUUUUGAACCUGUUCCAUUAGAUAUUGUUCAUCCUACUGUUGAGUACUCUGUGCAUACUGCAUCUACUGCAUCUGUACUUGAUUCUGAUUCUGAUUCUGUUGUUUUUCACAUUGAGAACAAUAUGGCACAACCUCCACCUCGCGAGAGGACUUUUAGGGAGAUGGCUGCACCUGAUUUCGAUAUUGAAAGCUUGUGCAUCCAAUAUCCUGAUGAGGACGUUCCAUUUGUUCUCAAGACUGGACUGAUCCAUUUGUUGCCCAAGUUUAGUGGUCUUGCAGGUGAGAGUCCACAUAAGCAUUUGAAGGAAUUCCACAUUGUAUGUUCCAGUAUGAAACCUCAUGAUGUUCCUGAAGAGCACAUCUUCCUGAAGGCAUUCCCUCAUUCAUUGGAAAAUGUUGCUAAGGAUUGGCUGUAUGGUUUGGCGCCUAGAUCCGUCACCAAUUGGGAUGAUCUGAAGAAAUUGUUCUUAGAUAAAUUUUUCCCAGCAUCCCGGACUACAGCUAUCAGAAAAGACAUAACUGGGAUCAGGCAGACUGGUGGAGAGAACCUGUAUGAGUAUUGGGAGAGAUUCAAGACACUUUGUGCUAGCUGCCCCCACCAUCAGAUACCGGAACAACUUCUUAUUCAGUAUUUCUAUGAAGGUCUGAACAACAUGGAUCGGGGAAUGAUUGAUGCUGCCAGUGGUGGAGCUCUUGGAGACACCACACCUGCUGAGGCCAGGCAAUUGAUUGAGAAGAUGGCUUCCAACUCCCAACAGUUUAGUACCAGGAAUGAUGCCAUUGUGGUAAGGGGAGUACACGACGUUGUUACCCAAUCUUUAUCAGCUGUUGAAAGCAAAUUGGAAAGCAAGAUUGACUCUCUAGCGAAGUUGGUGACACAGUGGACUACCAACCAGAGAUCUACAGCUCCAUCUGCAUCUGUUGCACGAGUGUGUGCUAUUUGUCCUUCCACCGACCAUUAUACAGAUGCGUGUCCUUCUCUACAGCACUCUGAUGCGCCUCAGGCUUAUGCUACAAAUAUCUAUAACAACAGGCAACCACAACAGCAAAAUCAUGACUUGUCCACCAACAGGUACAACCCAGGGUGGAGGAAUCACCCCAAUCUCAGAUGGAACAAUGCGCCACAGCAUCAGCAGCAGGCGCCACCUUUCCAGAAUGCUGGAGCACCUAACAGAUAUGUGCCUCCACCUAUGCAACAAUACCAGAGGCAACAACAACAACAGCAACAGCAAGAGGCACCUGUCCAAGCAGCUGCUCAACCAGCUACCCAACCUUCCACUUCUUCUGAACCUUCAUUGGAAGAGUUAGUGAGACAAAUGACCAUUCAAAACCUACAGAUGGCGACUCAGAUAAACCAGAUGGGAGUUUCCAUACAGAGUCUCACUAACCAGAUGGGUCAGAUGGCCACUCAUAUAAAUCAGGCGCAGUCUCAGAAUUCUGAUAAGUUACCAUCCCAGACUGUGCAGAAUCCAAGAAAUGUGAGUGCCAUAACCCUCAGAUCAGGGAAGCAAAUUGUUGUACCUUCAGAGCCCGCUUCUACACCUACACCCGUGCCUGUCAUUUUUCCUAGAGGGGACGACCAUGAUGGUCCACACAGGACGUUUGAAGUGGGUGGAUCUUCUUCUCCAGUUGGUGGUUCUUCUUCAGUAAGAUCUCCUCCGUUGUCUACCACUACCACUGCCGCACCUUCUCCAUUGGUUGACCGACCUAUCCCUCUUCCAUUCCCUUCACGAGCACUUCCUAGCAAAAAGAUGGAAGAGGUGGAUAAAGAAAUUCUGGAGACCUUCAGGAAGGUGGAGGUGAACAUACCUCUACUUGAUGCCAUCAAGCAGAUACCAAAGUAUGCCAAAUUCUUGAAGGAGUUGUGCACACACAAGAGGAAAAUGAAGGGUAAUGAGAGGAUUAGCAUGGGAAGGAAUGUAUCUGCGCUUAUUGGUAAGUCCGUUCCACACAUUCCUGAAAAGUGCAAGGACCCAGGUAUAUUUUGCAUUCCUUGUGUGAUUGGAAACAAUAAAUUUGAGAAUGCCAUGCUUGAUUUGGGUGCUUCUGUUAAUGUCAUGCCUUUGUCUAUAUAUGAAUCUUUAUCUCUUGGUCCUUUGCAAACCACAGGUGUGGUCAUUCAGUUGGCUAAUAGGAGUGUUACUCACCCAACAGGUUUCAUAGAAGAUGUCUUGGUAAGGGUUGGUGAAUUGAUUUUUCCUGCUGAUUUUUAUGUUUUGGAAAUGGAGGAGGGAUUCUCUCAUGGAUCCGCUCCCAUUAUUUUAGGCAGGCCAUUCUUGAAAACUGCCCGAACUAAGAUUGAUGUAUAUGCUGGAACUUUGUCUAUGGAAUUUGCUGAUAUUGUUGUUCAUUUUAAUAUCUUUGAUGCAAUGAAAUUUCCAGCUGAGAACCAUUCUUUGUUUAGGAUUGAUACAUUGGAUGAAAUUAUUGAUGAAUUUGUUGUUGGAAACUUUCAUUCUGUGCAUGAGAAGAAGCAUUCUUUUCUGUCUUCUUUGCAUUCAUGCAUUGAAUCAGGAUUUGAGAAUGAUGUUGAUAAUGUUGUGGAUUUUGAUGAGGAUUGUGAUGUCCAGGAUAUUGAUGCUAUGAAUGAUAUUGAUGAUGUUGUUGACAUAUCUGAGAUGGACAUUGAUUUUGAUUGUGAUGAGAUGAGUAUUCUGCCUUUACCUGUACACUCUUUAGAGUCAGAAUUCAUUAACCAUGCUGCAGGUAGUACACUUGAAUCUGACUUGCAGGCACCCACUCUUGAGCUGAAACAGCUACCAGAUAACCUCAAGUACGUGUACUUGGAGGAUGAUGAGAAGAAACCAGUGAUCAUUUCUGCUUUCCUUGAUUCUGUUCAAAAGGAGAAGUUGCUUGGUGUACUGAGGAAACACAAGAAGGCCAUUGGUUGGAGUUUGGCUGAUAUACCUGGUAUUAGCCCAUCUACAUGUAUGCAUAGAAUUCUUUUGGAAGAUGGGGCAAAGCCAGUCAGACAGCCACAAAGAAGGCAAAACCCCGUGAUCAUGGAAGUCAUCAAGAAGGAGGUGACCAAGCUUUUGCAAGCUGGAAUCAUCUACCCUAUUUCAGACAGUCAGUGGGUGAGCCCCAUCCAUGUUGUGCCCAAGAAAACUGGCCUCACUGUGGUGAAGAAUGAGAGGGAUGAGCUUAUCCCAACUAGAGUGCAAAACAGCUGGAGAGUCUGCAUUGACUAUAGGAGGCUCAACCAAGCAACCAGGAAAGAUCAUUUUCCCCUGCCAUUCAUUGAUCAGAUGCUGGAGCGCCUGGCAGGUAAAUCUCAUUAUUGUUUUCUUGAUGGUUUUUCUGGAUAUUUUCAGAUCAAUAUUGCUCCUGAGGAUCAAGAGAAAACCACAUUCACCUGCCCCUUUGGCACUUUUGCCUAUCGGAGGAUGCCCUUUGGUCUAUGCAACGCUCCUGGUACCUUUCAACGGUGCAUGCUUAGCAUUUUUAGUGACUUUCUUGAGAGUUGUAUAGAGGUGUUUAUGGAUGAUUUUACUGUGUAUGGAUCCUCUUUUGAUGCAUGUUUAGACAGUCUGGAAAAAGUUUUGCAAAGAUGCAUAGAAACAAACCUUGUUCUGAAUUUUGAGAAAUGUCACUUCAUGGUUGAACAAGGUUUGGUUCUAGGGCAUAUCAUUUCUGAAAAGGGAAUAGAGGUAGACCCUGCUAAGAUAUCUGUGAUUUCGCAGUUGCCUUACCCCUCUUGCGUGCGAGAGGUGCGAUCUUUCCUUGGACAUGCAGGUUUCUACAGGCGCUUCAUCAAAGAUUUCAGCAAGAAAGCGCUUCCCUUGUCCAGACUGCUGCAAAAGGAUGCUGACUUUGUUUGUGAUGACAGAUGCAAGCAGGCUUUUGAUUGCCUCAAGGAAGCUUUGACUACCACCCCUAUCAUUCAGGCACCGGAUUGGACAGCCCCAUUUGAGCUCAUGUGUGAUGCAUCUAACUAUGCAUUGGGGGCUGUCUUGACACAGAAAAUUGACAAGCUGCCAAGAGUGAUUUACUAUGCAUCACGCACUUUGGAUGCUGCCCAAGCAAACUAUACCACCACUGAAAAAGAAUUGUUGGCAAUUGUUUUUGCCCUUGAUAAGUUUAGGUCAUAUUUGCUUGGAUCAUCUGUUAUUGUAUAUACUGACCAUGCAGCUCUUAAGUUUCUGCUGAAAAAGGCUGAGUCAAAGCCUAGAUUGAUCAGAUGGAUGCUACUGCUCCAGGAGUUUGACUUGCAGAUUAAGGACCGGAGUGGAGCACAGAAUUUGGUUGCAGACCACCUCAGCCGGAUUGAGAGAGCUGAGGAUGAAGUUGAUGUGUUGCCCAUCCAGGAUAACUUUCCUGAUGAGAGUUUAUUGAUGAUUUCUUCUUCCCACCCCACUCCUUGGUUUGCACAUAUUGUAAAUUAUUUAGUUGCUUCUGUUUUUCCUCCCUUAGCAUCACGUGCACAGAUUGCUAAAAUUAAGAGUGAUGCUAAAUAUUAUGUUUGGGAUGACCCAUAUCUGUGGAAGUUGUGUAGUGACCAGGUUACUAGGAGAUGCAUUCCGGACCAUGAGAUUGACUCGGUCCUGCAAUUCUGUCAUGCCUCCUCACCGGGUGGUCAUCUGGGGAUACAAAGAACAGCUCGUAGGGUGCUUGAUUGUGGGUUCUAUUGGCCUUCCAUCUUCAAGGAUGCAGAUAAGAUUUGUAGCACUUGUGAGCCUUGUCNUCAUAGCUUAAUUAGGCAUUCUCGGAAUUUGUCUUUAGAGUCUGUUUUUGAACCUGUUCCAUUAGAUAUUGUUCAUCCUACUGUUGAGUACUCUGUGCAUACUGCAUCUACUGCAUCUGUACUUGAUUCUGAUUCUGAUUCUGUUGUUUUUCACAUUGAGAACAAUAUGGCACAACCUCCACCUCGCGAGAGGACUUUUAGGGAGAUGGCUGCACCUGAUUUCGAUAUUGAAAGCUUGUGCAUCCAAUAUCCUGAUGAGGACGUUCCAUUUGUUCUCAAGACUGGACUGAUCCAUUUGUUGCCCAAGUUUAGUGGUCUUGCAGGUGAGAGUCCACAUAAGCAUUUGAAGGAAUUCCACAUUGUAUGUUCCAGUAUGAAACCUCAUGAUGUUCCUGAAGAGCACAUCUUCCUGAAGGCAUUCCCUCAUUCAUUGGAAAAUGUUGCUAAGGAUUGGCUGUAUGGUUUGGCGCCUAGAUCCGUCACCAAUUGGGAUGAUCUGAAGAAAUUGUUCUUAGAUAAAUUUUUCCCAUCAUCCCGGACUACAGCUAUCAGAAAAGACAUAACUGGGAUCAGGCAGACUGGUGGAGAGAACCUGUAUGAGUAUUGGGAGAGAUUCAAGACACUUUGUGCUAGCUGCCCCCACCAUCAGAUACCGGAACAACUUCUUAUUCAGUAUUUCUAUGAAGGUCUGAACAACAUGGAUCGGGGAAUGAUUGAUGCUGCCAGUGGUGGAGCUCUUGGAGACACCACACCUGCUGAGGCCAGGCAAUUGAUUGAGAAGAUGGCUUCCAACUCCCAACAGUUUAGUACCAGGAAUGAUGCCAUUGUGGUAAGGGGAGUACACGACGUUGUUACCCAAUCUUUAUCAGCUGUUGAAAGCAAAUUGGAAAGCAAGAUUGACUCUCUAGCGAAGUUGGUGACACAGUGGACUACCAACCAGAGAUCUACAGCUCCAUCUGCAUCUGUUGCACGAGUGUGUGCUAUUUGUCCUUCCACCGACCAUUAUACAGAUGCGUGUCCUUCUCUACAGCACUCUGAUGCGCCUCAGGCUUAUGCUACAAAUAUCUAUAACAACAGGCAACCACAACAGCAAAAUCAUGACUUGUCCACCAACAGGUACAACCCAGGGUGGAGGAAUCACCCCAAUCUCAGAUGGAACAAUGCGCCACAGCAUCAGCAGCAGGCGCCACCUUUCCAGAAUGCUUGA